GGCUCGUCUUGCUCUGCUGCCAUUGCUCAGUCAUAAAAGGCGUAAGCCUCAUCCUCGCAGCCGGUCGCUGCGAGCCACGUGCGCUACGUGCGCUGCGCUUGGCUGCCUGAAAGAUGCCCCCGCGAAGGAAAAAAUCAGCUUCCGGCACCACCAGACGCAAAAAGGUCAAAACGGAGCCAAAAGAGGACAAUAGUUCUCUAAACAUCAGCGUACGCUGCGGUGAGACGGGCGUGGCGCUUUGGUUUAAGCUUAAGAAGACAACGAAAUUCAACAAAAUAAUGGAUGCAUUCGCUUCGAGACGCCCUUUUUUUUCGGUACCAGCGACUCCGCUCGCGCGCCUACCGGCGACGGAACUGUCGAGCCUCGGCGGCGCCGGCGGCGCGCUGGCCGCGGCGCUACGGGCGCGCGGCGCUGCCGUCUUAAAAUUCAAGGGCCUGGACUUCGGCAGACACCCGCUCCUCGCCGAGGCGAACGCUUUCUUCAACAGCACGACUCAGCCGCGGGAGCAUCGCCUGGAUGAUGAUUCGAUGUCGGGCAGCGGUUACAAAAGUCCCGAGACAGGCCGGGAGCUCUACGUCCAUCACCGCGGGUCGCCGGGGCCAUUCACGAAGUCCGCGGCUGACGAUCUCUUUGACGAGCUGCAUGCGAUUUCCCUCCAAGUGACCCGUGCGACCGCCCUGGGCCUCACUGGUAGCGGGACGGCGUUUGACGAGCUCUUAGACACGAGGUCGUCGCGUUCAGCGGCGUCAAGCUGCCUCCGCUUCCACAAGUACUCGCAGGACAGCAUGGCGAAGGAUCCCUUGCGUGACGCCCGCGUCCUGCCGGGGGGCGGAACGUCAGUCCCUUGCGCUGGUGCUGACCUUGUUGCCUGCCCGCGCCACGUCGACCGCGGCUUAGUUACUCUUAUCCUGCCGUGCUCCGGCGGCUCGCGUCUGGAAGUGAUGGAUCCGAAGAACGGCUACGUCGAGCCCGUGGACCUGGCCGACGACGAAGUUGCUGUUCUCUGCGGGCACACCCUCUCGGUCGCGUCUUGCGGUGCAGUUUGCGAGGCGCCACAUCGGGUGUCGUGGACGUCGGCUUCAGGGAACGAACGUCUUGCCACCGUGUUUACUUUGCGCGCGCCGCCGGACGGGCGUUUUGCCGCCGCGCACCAGAAGAUCAUCGAAUCGGGCUGUCCCCACGACAAGGCAUACGACCCGGGCUACGGAGCUCAUCGCAUUCACAGCGCCUCUUCGAUCAAAACAUUCAAGGGCGACGAGGACGUUGCCUUCGUCAUGCAGAAAUUUAGUGAGAGAAAUGCUUCGAUCCACUCGAGGCGGUUCGAGCCCGUGCCCGCCAGGCAUUUACGCUUCUUGUAUGAUGGAUCACGCGUACACGGCGAUCAGACGCCUGCGAGCCUCGAUAUGGAAAGUGGCGAACAGCUUGAUUGCUUCGAGCCUAUGAUGGGCGACUGAUGCUCAGAGGAGGCGGGUAGGUGUGUAAAACUAC